AUGCUUGGUGGAUGCGGCGAUCAUGGAUUAUGGAUUUUUCUCGCCAUCGCACUAGCACGCGUGCGCGACCAGAGGAUGCCAGAUCCUACGAUGACAAUGUAUUCUCGAUACCGUUGCCAAAUUAAGGUAACGGGGCAGGUUGACGUUGCUGGUGAAGAGGAUGACACACUGGUCAUCGAAUUGAAUCACACUUCGCGAACCGUGCGUAAGGACAAUCGAGACACUAGGCAAACAGAAAACCCAGCCCGUGUCGCACAGCACGAUGCGCUUGAUCACAGCGUGUGGCAUUCUCCGCCCCCUGAUGGGCGUUCUAAUUUCCUUAGCCCAUCGCCCCGUCCGCGUGCCCCAUUAACAAGGACACGAAGUGCCGAGCCUCUACCACCCAUGCCACUGCCUCCGCAGCAGAAUCCUUCCGGAAUCCAGUAUUACGAUGACUAUGUCAAUAUAUAUGAGCCUGCCUAUGUGUCGUCACAGGUACAGCCGCCACAAUUAGUCCGUGCUAUCUCGAGAGCCACAACUCCGACGCGAGAAGCUACUCCAACUGUCAACCAGUGGCGGUUCCCUGAGCCUUUUAUCCCUCAACAACAACAGCUAAUACUGGAUCCAGAGCCUCAAGUGAUGUCUCCACUCCCUGUGGUCAUUACCUCAAUGCCGUCUGAUGAGGACGUACUCGUACCUUCGCGGAGUGGGGGUAAUCGACAAGUGGGAGCCCUUAACAGGCCUCCUCUCGGACUCAGGACAUCUUCUGGCUCAUCCCGGCUAACAGCCGAAGAGUCACCUCUUACCCUGAGACGCCUACCGGGAGCCGCACCCUCGGCUGGCCCCCCUACCCCAGGAAGAGCUCGGACGCCCGGACUUACUGAACAAGAGCGAGAGCAAGAAUUUUUGCAAGACGGCAUCAAAAGGUUCCAGGAAGGGUCAUUACCCGAGUCAGACUGUGAAUGGCACAGGCUGGUAUCUGUCGAGUUUCGCGAUACUUUGCCAAAAAACGAAGUUCAACGUCAAUCCGUCAUUUUUGAAGUCAUAAAGAGCGAGAAAGAUUACGUUAGAGAUGUGAGAAUUGCUGCGCUGGUCAUCCGCUUUUGGUCGUCACUGAACAUGCUUUUCAUGCCAGCUCGAGAUCGUAUCCGAGAUCCAUUGAUGUCGGCGGAUCCUCCAAUCAUCGGCCCCGAGUUGCAGCUGCGGACGUUUCGGAAUGAAGUCUUUCAGAACAUCACGGACAUCCUCUCUCGCCAUAGGAUUUGCCUCAAAGCACUGUAUAUGCGCCAAGCAGACCAGCACCCCCUCGUAUCGAGUAUCGCGGAUAUCGAACUAGAUGCUGCUCUGAGCCUCCAGCAGGACUACGAGGUCUACAUCAAACAAUAUCCUAUUUCUGAGAGCCGACACCGACGCGAACUUAAAUCCAAUAAAGCCUACGCAUCAUUUAUCCAACAGGCGCUAAGUAAUCCAUUAUUACGAAAACGAGAUUUGAUAUCCUUGAUUUCACGGCCUCAUCCUGACCAGGAUGCUAUGCCUCUUACCCUGAACAUACUUCAAGAUUUCGUGAAGAGCACCCAGCCUGGUAUAGCAGUGGCCGAUGCCAAAGUUAAACUUUGGAGCCUCUGCGAAAGCCUGGCCGGAAAAGUGGCUCGUCGAAGCAGAGGCGAAUAUGAAUUGGGUGGCGGGAGCGGGUGGAGCGAUGUGCACAUUGCAUUGUUGGACAAUUACUUCGUUAUCACUUCUGAAGAAGCAAGGAAUGGUGUAGUUGCUCACAUCCUUGUCAGCCGCCCAUUGCCUUUAGAUUGUAUGGGGUUGGGAAAGUUCGCAGAUCCUCCGGAGAGCCGUAAAGAGGAGGGAGGAGGCUCAUCAUUGCGGAUUUUCAGCAGUUCACCCUCAAAAGCAGUCUAUCCUUUCACCGUAUUUCACAAAUGCGACGUACAAAGAAGGUACACAUUUUAUACCCAUUCAGAGACUUCAAGGAUACAAUGGUAUGAAACGAUUUUCAAUGCCCUCGGAGUGCGGAAGGCGCAUCAGGAUGGGAACAAGUGGUUUGCCCCUACGACGAUUGAUGAUAACACGUUUCGGUCACCAACCAUCAAGGUACCGUCUAACAGCAAAGCAACUUUCACUGGACGCAUCACGAGUGCUGCAACGUUCGUUCAUAGCGGACGAAGCCACUUGAUUGUUGCUACAGGACAAGGCAUUUAUGCUUCAGAACAGAGAUCAAACCCUCCCUUCAAGAAGAUUCUCCCACUCUCAGGCGUCACUUCGAUGACAACUCUUUCGAAGUUUGGGAUACUUGUUCUCCUGCAUGGCUCAACAUUGCAAUCUUACAAUCUCCACAUCCUGACUGGCUUGAUAGGAGGAACGUUUUCACAAGAAUCGUUCGCCAAUUCAAUGGAACGAUUGACUGAUCGGGACGUUAAUGUCACUUUCUUUGGUGCAGGGGAGAUGUCUGGACGGACGUUGGUCGUCUACGCAGCGAAAGGGUUCAGACACUACACAAUGCAGGCUCUUGAAGCUGUUCCAGGGCCGCGUGAGGGAGAGGCCACGCGGAGACCGAACGAUGGUGACACGGUCUCCACGUUUCGUCCAUAUGGUUCUCAGUUCUAUGUCCCAAAGGACGCUUACAGUGUGGCAAUGCUCCGGAAAACCUUGGCGAUUGCUACGAGUGAGGGAUCAUCAUUAUUGAGCCAGCACACUUUCGGAUGUUACAUCACCAAGCAUGGCAGCCCAACACGAAAGAACGGUUUUGUUCGGUGGGAGACUCCCAUACACUCUUUCGUUGCUCGCGGGCCCCACGUACUUCUCGUCGGCCACACGGAUAUUGAAGUGAGGCACAUCCCCACUGGUCGACUAAUACAAUUAAUAGAAGGGAAGGAGGUACGCCUUCUUCAGAAAUUGGCUAAAGGGGAUGGACCGACCCUAGUUGCGAGAAGAGGAGGGAAGGACGAUGAUUUCGGUUUAUCUGAUGAGUUGAUUGAGAUCGUGGAAACUUCAGCCUUGUCCGAUCAAACGUGGAACGAGUCGGAUCUCAUGUGGGAGGAAUGGGAAACGUGA